GUGCCAGAUAGCUCAACAUACUACAGCGGCAGUGCGACUACGGUCUGCAGGAGCGACAACAGACGCCUUUUCUUGUUCCUUUGUCCUAUCGGCUCCCGUUAUCACUCUUCCUGAUAUCAGAUCCGCUUCCUGGGACGCACCUCCAGCGGGGGGGGAGCGUCUCACCGAAACUCUCGUCAUGGUAUACGACUGGGAGGGCAAGAGAGAAAUAUGCUAUCAGAUGUACAUCAAAGAUAAAAAAGCGCUGGAGGAAAUUAUGGAAUACAUGCGAAAUGUAUAUCAAUUCUCCCCCAGUAAGCGCGCCUUUCAGACUCAGUUUAAGCGAUGGGGUUUUCCUUCCAAACAGAAUCCGGCCCACAAAAAUGCAGAGCUUGUCGCUCGCAUCAAACAACUUUGGGAGCGGAAUACAAGCCAACGGGACAUGCUGCGUGUCUUGAAUGAAGAAGGCUUUGAGAUUAAAGAAAGAGAAUUGAUGCGAGUACGCGCGAAGAAUCGUUGGCUACUCCGUGUUCCCAAUGGAAUGAAGUCGCAAGCAACUAUCCGACCAUCUGUGCAGCUACCAGAAGACGAGGGACUACUGGCACUCCAACAGGAAGUAUACAAGACUGCAGAACCUUACUACGACGCUCAGAAUCUUCCUGCCGAUUCAUCGGUCAUGCGGCCUCCAUCGCCUAGCUUAUCAGCUGAUGUACUCGCGAAGCGUCAAGAGAGACUUGAACGCUUGAAAGCGGACAGUGCUGAACGUUGGGCUUCCAGGAAACGGCGUCGGCGCACCAGGGAAUGGGCUGGACUACCAGCCGACCCGCCUGGGCCACCUCGCUUUCCUUCUGAGACGACAAUCGAUGAGAGUAAGAAAUACCUGAGCCUAGACAAUUCUAGUUACCGUCAAAUAAGAGAUCAGUUUCAAAGGAUAUGUGAAGAGGCAGGGUUCAUCAAGAAAACUGUUGCUGGACCUGAAAGAUGGCAGGAAGCAAAAAACAGACUAAUACAAGAGUCUGAACAUCUUCAGCGGGUAUUCUGGGAAGAUCCCAAUCGACUUGAUGCCAAAGCUCUCGCUCUCGAUGUUGUUUGUACAGAUGUCACUAAACGGAUGAGGACUUUAGAAAGGCGAAUGACAAUCGCGGAAGCUAAAAACGCCCUCGGGAUCAAUCCAGAAGAAAGCCGCCAAAUUCGAAACGCAUUUUACAAUACACUAAAAGCGGCUCAUUUUACCAGCAAGUUGGAGGCUGGUGACGAGCAUUGGAAGCAACUGAAGGAGAGUUGGAUUCGAGACACUGAGUUGCUGCAACGCAUCCUUGCCCCUGGCUCGGCAGAUCCGGAGCAUGCUACGAAAUUGAAAGCUCUCGAAGUCCUCUGUCGCGAUGUUAUGAAGCGACUUCGUGAUGACCAAACCAAACGAGAUCCCUCUCGGAAGAAGUCUAUUACUCGCACCAAUAUUUCAAGUCCAGACGCUGCCGGUAGCCAUGACAAUAGUGCAUUCGGCAGCAUUACUAAUGGAAUCAGCACGCUUGCGUCGCAAGCUCUCGCCAGCGCCCCGAUGACAUCGGGCGACUUAAAUGAUAUGCAAAUAGAUCCCUCGCUUCUGCAAGCGGCAAAUGAUACCUCGUUUGCCUCAGCAAGUCAUGAUACUGGGAAUUCUUUUGGAUACGUUGACCCUAUUCUAGAUUCAACUUCGCUGCAAGUGCCGAUCUAUGUGCGAAUCUAUCCUCCAGACCAGGUUCACGAGGAGUCUAAAACCAGCGUCGAGAAACUAGCAACAAAAUCCGUCGCCGAGUUACGCCAGCUAGUUGUUUCUAGGUAUCCUGGUUCCAUCGUUACCAAGAUUCAGGGAAUCGAUCAGGAUGAGCAUGGAAACGAAGUCACUUUCAACAUCCAUGACGAUAGUGAACUCGACGCUUAUUUAACGCAUGUACAUGGGCGGAAGGCAUACUUUGUCUGUCGCCUAGCUUAGGCCCUAAAAGGCAUCCACAUGUGUAUCCAAUACACAAAAAGGCGACGGAUCGAUCGGCUGUUUGGCUUGAACUCGGGAACCAUUUCUUACGCAAUUGUGCCCUGCUUCAUCCUGCCUCGACGAUCUGUAAAUUGACCUCAUGCUAUCUUGCUUAGGGUAGGAAAUUUCCACUAUAAGCUGAUGUUGCUUUCAAACCUGUGGUUGAGUGACGUCAAUCGAGAUGACCCAUGGGGUUUGCGUAAUGAGAUCAAGUCGAAGCCUUGAUGAAAUGUCCGAUCUGUCACGAUUUAUGUGCACAAUUGAAUUAUGACUCUUGCUAUAUGUGAUGCGCCUAUGCAGACAACCAAGCCAAAUCAUAUAAAGACACCUCACGGUCAAUAAUGGCAACAAGCACAGCAAAUAGAA